AGCCCGAGGCCGUGGCGGGAGUGGGGGAGGAACUGCGAGGUGUGCGUGGACGUCAGACUGGAUAGCGGAAGGUCAGGACGGCCCGGAGCGGAAGUGGGGCUGAGGCGCCUGUCCGCCAUUGUGGGCCCGAGGAUCGGAGGACGAGCGGGGACGAGCAGUGUGCAGGCGGCGAGCUCGGGCCCCUUCCGCGACUCCCGAGCGUGAGCCCUCUCCCUGGAGCCUGCGAGAGCGGCGGCGGCGGAGGCCGGAGCAGAGCUUCGCGAGGGCGGUAGUCGACUGCUGUGAGUGCUCUCGGCGAGGCCCAGGCAGCGGCGGCGGCGGCGGCGGUUCCUCUCGGGUUACGGUGAAGAAUGUCAGCCACUAGCGUGGAUCAGUUUCAGUACAAAAUGGUUCGAUUCAUCAAAAAGAUGCUGUAAAUGAUGAUGAUUUUGAGCCAUACUUAAGUAGCCAGACAAAUCAGAAAUAUAGGAGAGCAAAACAGUUGUUUCAUUGUGUAAGCAUAAUCUUGAUUUUUUUCUCCCCUCUGAGUAUAGCAAUUGUACAUUUCCUAUCUUAAAGUACAAAAUUUAAGUGGCUGAAUUGAUUCCAUCAUAAAAACUGCAAUUUAAUUCCUCUAUUGUCAAACAUUCCAGAUUUGUUUAAAUUUCGUAUGUAAUUAUAAUUUUGUGCCUAGAAAGCACACUUGGUAGAAAUUUUAGUAUUUUAAAAUUGGGACAGAAACACAAUCUUCAUUUUAUUUCUAUACUUUCUGCCUAAAAAUGCUGUAAUUUAUAAUAUUUUAAAGUUUCUCAGCCAUAGUCUGACAUGGUGUCAAUGUUUAUAAUCCUAGCAUUUAGGCAGAAGUGGGGAUUGUGAGAUUGAGGCCAGUCUCCUGUAGAGGGAAUUUGAGUCCAGCUGGGCAGCAAGACUUAACUAUAGGGUGAUGGUACUCAUUGGUAAAUAUUUCUGCUUAUAACAUUAAUUUGAAAUUUUAAUGUUAUGUAGAACAGGCAUAAGUCUUUUUCAUUCACUUAACACUGCUUUCAGUCUUUUAGUUAACCUUUUUUCUUCUCCCUUUAACAGAACAUUUCACUACUGAUUAUGGUCUUCUGUUUUGCAGAAUAACAGCUAUCCACCAAUGUCAGAUCCAUAUAUGCCUAGUUACUAUGCUCCGUCCAUUGGAUUUCCAUAUUCUCUUGGGGAAGCAGCAUGGUCCACGGCUGGAGAUCAGCCUAUGCCAUAUCUGACAACCUAUGGACAAAUGAGUAAUGGAGAACAUCAUUAUAUACCAGAUGGUGUUUUUAGUCAACCAGGGGCAUUAGGAAAUACCCCUCCAUUUCUUGGUCAACAUGGAUUUAACUUUUUUCCUGGUAAUGCUGAUUUCUCUACAUGGGGAACAAGUGGAUCUCAGGGACAAUCAACACAAAAUUCUGCUUAUAGUAGCAGUUACGGCUAUCCACCUAGUUCUCUUGGGAGAGCUAUUACUGAUGGACAGGCCGGAUUUGGCAAUGAUACUUUGAGUAAGGUGCCUGGCAUUAGUAGUAUUGAGCAAGGCAUGACUGGACUGAAAAUUGGUGGUGACCUGACAGCUGCGGUGACGAAAACUGUAGGUACAGCCUUGAGCAGCAGUGGUAUGACUAGCAUUGCAACCAAUAAUGUGCCCCCUGUUAGCAGUGCAGCACCUAAACCAACUUCUUGGGCUGCUAUUGCCAGAAAGCCUGCAAAACCUCAGCCGAAACUUAAACCCAAGGGCAAUGUGGGAAUUGGGGGUUCUGCUGUGCCACCACCUCCUAUAAAACACAACAUGAAUAUUGGAACUUGGGAUGAAAAGGGGUCAGUGGUAAAGGCUCCACCAACCCAACCAGUUCUGCCUCCUCAAACUAUAAUCCAGCAGCCUCAGCCAUUAAUUCAACCACCACCAUUGGUGCAAAGCCAACUGCCUCAACAGCAGCCUCAGCCACCACAACCACAGCAGCAACAAGGACCUCAGCCACAGGCCCAGCCUCACCAAGUGCAGUCUCAACAGCCACAGUUGCAGAAUCGUUGGGUAGCUCCUCGGAAUAGGGGAACCGGCUUCAACCAGAACAAUGGAACAGGCAGUGAAAACUUUGGUUUAGGUGUUGUGCCUGUUAGUGCUUCACCUUCUAGUGUAGAGGUGCAUCCAGUGCUGGAAAAACUAAAGGCCAUAAACAAUUAUAAUCCCAAAGACUUUGAUUGGAACCUGAAGAAUGGACGUGUGUUUAUAAUUAAGAGCUAUUCUGAGGAUGAUAUACAUCGUUCCAUCAAGUACUCUAUCUGGUGUAGUACUGAGCAUGGUAAUAAGCGUUUGGAUGCAGCUUAUCGUUCCCUGAAUGGGAAAGGCCCACUCUAUUUACUCUUCAGUGUGAAUGGCAGUGGACAUUUUUGUGGAGUGGCUGAAAUGAAGUCUGUUGUAGACUAUAAUGCUUAUGCUGGUGUCUGGUCUCAGGAUAAGUGGAAGGGCAAAUUUGAAGUUAAAUGGAUCUUUGUCAAAGAUGUUCCCAAUAACCAAUUACGACAUAUUCGCUUAGAAAAUAAUGACAACAAACCAGUAACCAAUUCAAGGGACACUCAAGAAGUACCCCUAGAAAAAGCAAAGCAAGUGCUUAAAAUAAUCGCUACUUUCAAGCAUACCACCUCAAUCUUUGAUGACUUUGCACAUUAUGAAAAGCGUCAAGAGGAGGAGGAAGCCAUGCGAAGGGAGAGAAAUAGAAACAAGCAAUAACCACCGUGUGGAGAUGUCCUAUUAAAAUGACAACACUAAUGAUGUAGACUCUGGAAAUGCCUAAUAAGUCAAAGAAGAUGUUAUUAAAGCUUUUUGUUUUCUGCUUAAGGUGACAUCUUUGAACCCUUUAACAUGAAAUUGAUUCUUCUUGUAAUGGUUUUCAUCAGCGCAUCUGCCCUUAUUCUCUCACCAAACACACUUGAGAACUGUAACUUCAUGAAGCACUUUGUGUCCUGAAGCUUUUACCAGUACCUGCUGUCUUUUGUAAUUAUGCAUCCUAGCUAAGGCACAGAAGACUGAAUGAAUUGCAAGGAUUCAUUAACUCUUGGAAUUUGUUAAGUACUAACAGUUAUCCAUUAGAAGUGGUUCAAUGAUGUAAGAGUCUCACUGCUUCAAUCUUUUCAUUGUCGUAGUUUUUAAAUUGUCAAUUUUUAGCUAUUUGACAGAUUAAAAGCAAAAUAAUCAUGCCAUAUUUAGUCUGGAGUUCAAGUCUGAAUGUUUAUGUGAAAAAUUAUUGUAGCAAACUUUUAAUAUGGCAAAGCAACCUUAUGCUCUAUUUUAGCCAAACAGUACAUAAUCUAAAAUUAUAUAUUAGAACAUUUCCCUUGUCUUCAAACUAUUUGAUGUAACAAAUAUGCAGCCUGGUGGGCUUCACCAAUUAAUGCACAUCCCCUCCUCUCCAGUUACAUGUACACUGAGAAUAUGCGUUGGUUUGAGGGAUUAUUUUGUUUCUACCACUUAAUGAAUCUCAACAUUUUGAGUAAAUGUACCUCAGUCUAAUCAGACUUUUUAUGACCUUUAUAACUACAUUUAAAACCCUUAAAUUCUAUUUCUGGGUGUUUGCGAGCCUGAUUGCUAUCAUGAAGUAAAAAUUUAUUACUCUAGGUAUUCACUAGAUAAAUAUAGUUCUUGUUUAGUAAGCAUAUACUGUUUCUCAACUCUUCUCCAGCUUUUGCAGUGUACUGGCAUCCUUAAAAUACUUUGAAAAUAUGGCCUUGAUCCAUGAAUUAAAUCAGUAUCUAAGUGAAUGUGUUGAUGUUUUAUUGAUGAGAUCUAUAUACAUGGGAAUACAGUAUAUAUCUGGGUAUUCUUAUAGAUAAUCUUUUUAACAUCCUAUUUUUUUCAUUAAUUACAUAUCAACAUUAAUUUUGUAUCUUGAAACAAAUUGAUUUUGUAUAAUUGAAUGUGUUGUGCAUCUGUAUUUGAUUUGAUGGUAUAAGGUUAUGAAAAUAAUGUCCUGCCCCUUAUAUUACUGUUUUGAAAGGAGAAAGCUAUGUAGAAUGAUAUGUUAAGGGUGAAAAUAGCAAUACAGUAGAUUUGAAUGUCUUUUUGAUCUGCAUUAGUUCAUUUAUGUUUACAUCGUAGUUAGAGAUCUUUUCAUUUGCUCUUGUCUUUGCUCACUUCAAUUUGAAAGCCUCAUGACACAUAUUUCUUUGAAACUUUGAUUUAUAUAAUUUUUAUAAAAUAUUUUAGGAUGUACAAAUAUUGUAUUUUUUUAUUAAAAUACAGUAUUUGUAAAUGACCAUAGCUACUUCACAGUUACUUGUUAGUCCCAGUGUAGUUAUAUCAGUGUUUACUGAAGGGAACACAAAAAUAUUAAUGGUAUAUUACAGAAUGAAAACUUUCUUAAAGGAAAAUUGCACCUAUUUUACAUUUUUGAGACUAAGCCAUGAAAUCUUGUAAUAUGUCUCUUAACUAUUUAUAAUGAAAGUUGGCAUUUGGGUAUAGUCAGCACAGCAAUGUUCUGUAUCCUUAGGAUUGUAUAAGUAGGACAUUUUAAAGAUGACUCAUGUCAUUCUGGAGCUCCUACUAGAGAAAACUGUAAAAAGGGUGACCUUGUAGGAAGGAGCUGAGGCCUCCCUCUGAGGGUCUCUUUUUCUUGGUGCUUUAUUAGCAACUCUGGAUAUUUUUAUAAAACUAGAUACAUUAGAAACUAAUUCAGUCUUGUUUAAUUUACAUUAGGUUUUAUGUAAGAAAUGUCAUCAAAAUACCCAAUGAGCAGGCUGAUUGCAGUAGACUCAGACAGGGCCAGUGAAUCUCAGCUGAGAGUCUAUUCGUGGUGAAGAGAACAUCCCAGUGCCUUUAACCUGAAUUUCUAAUCUUAUGUGAAAUGGGUGCAGCAUUCCUUUGGACAAAAGCUUCCACUUGGUAAUUUUUGUGUUUUUCUCACUUUAAGUAUUCCCCAAAGCACCAACUUCUCUUCCUUCUUGGUCAGUCAGUAUAUUGUAAGAUUAUUUUCCAUUAAAUGACAUCAUUACCGGUUGUCUCUAAAGUACAACCAACAGAAUGUUUCUUAACUGCGGGGACCAAAAGGGAGAGACUCUGAGCUCUACAAGAGUAUAUAUAUAAUAAAAUGUUUGAAUAAUAUUAAAUUAAGACAUUAUUGGUCCUGUGAUUUCUUGCUCAGUGUUUUUCCAAUUUGUCAUUUGAAUGAUUCUUACUAAAGUUAUUUUAUGUGGGUAUUUUAUUUUUAAUGGUAUUAUAGUUUGUAUAUUUAACAGUAAGGGGGAAAGUAACCAAAAUUAGUAUUCUUUCACUAUACAUAUUGGUACUUGAAACUUCCUUUAAAAAAAAUCAACAAAAAACUCAAACUUUUAGUGCUUAAUUCCUCAUUUUAACCUGUGAUCUUUCUAAUUGAAAAGCUGUGUUAUUUUUGACUACCAUGCAUGUGGGGUUAAGCUGAUGUUGAAACAGUUUGCAGUUAAAAAAAAAUCUUAAUCAGCUUAAGUCAUUCAAUCAUUUCAAGUGAGUUCUGCAUCCUUUAAAAGUAAGUUUGUGAGAUUUUAAGAGAAUUGUGUUUUCAUUAAAUUUUGUGUAUUUUUUGUUA